AUGGGUGACGCCAACAUCACAACGAGUGCCUGGAGGCUGGUCGAGGUCGGCCGCGUUGUCCUCUUCAACGAGGGUGUCUUCGAGGGCCGCCUUGCCACCAUUGUCGAGAUCAUCGACCACAAGCGCGUCCUUGUUGAUGGCCCCUCCCAGAAGGCCCCCGUCGCCCGUCAGGAAGUCGCCCUUGCCAAGCUCUCCCUCACCCCGAUUGUCAUCCCCAAGCUGCCCCGCGCCGCCGGUGUCGGUCACGUCGCAAAGAAGUGGGAGGAGCACAAGGUUCAGCAGAAGUUCGACGAGAGCGCCUGGGCCAAGAAGCGCGCUGCGAUCACGAAGAGGAGGCAGUUGAACGACUUCGAGAGGUUCAAGGUCAUGAAGCUGAGGAAGCAGGCCCGCUACGAGGUCCAGAAGACCUUUGCCAAGAUCCGCGCCAGCGCGAAGGCGUAA